AAUGAAGAAAAUAAUGGCGAAGGUAAUGGCACAGGUAAUAGCAAAAGUAUUAGCAUAGGUAAUGGUAAAGAAUCUUCAAUGAAUCAAAUGUUAGAUGACGAGAUUCAGUUUGAUAAUGAUUUUGAUAAUAGCGAAGAUAAAAAAAAUGAAAUUGAUGAUUAUUACGAGAAAGAAUAUUUAGAAUAUA